AUGGAUCUACCCGGAACGUCAUCAAACGACGAUCUCGUGCACCCCCUACAGACAUUUUACCAGCCUCCAACUUCCCCAUUGCUUCUACAACAGACUCCAGUCAUCUCGGCACUCACAGCCAUGUACCCACACCUCCUACAGAUGCAGAAACCUGACUACCUAAUCAGAUCAGACCUGAGUGCUUUCAAGGAGGUUCAAGAUCUUCGAACAGCAGUGAACCUGAUACUGCCGAUGCUACCCUUGUAUCCACCCAUAGGAAAUGGAUUCAAUACAGCAGCAGGAUUAGCAGGCCAAACCACCCUACACCAUGUAAUGCAGCAGAGUUUGUUGCGAAACAAACGGCCUAUAGCUCACACACCAACCGUUCCACAGCCCGAGUGCCCGGGCCAACUACGGACAGUUUUAAGCUCUCCCGCUUCAGCAUUGCAAAACGCUAUUUUGAUGAACCACUUGAUGAUGCCAGGGAAGCCAGUCUCACCGACCUUGCCAAACGGACACAUCCAACCGGCAGUUGGUGGUGAGGCAUCGCUCCAGAAUACAGAUGAACAACCAGUGAAAUGGAGCAGUCCAUCCAGCGUGGAUAGUAACGGACAGAAAACCGACAGUUCAGCAGCAUCUGCGGGCGACAACCAGAACAUCGACGUGAUUGGCGACGGCAGCGAAUCACCAACUUCCUCGAAUCACAGUGCACAGGAACUUGCUCUCUUGACUACUCACCAAAGUAUAUUGAACGCUUUCAAGGACUCACAAUUCAUGUUCAAUCAAGUCCAACCACAACAAGAAGGAGCAGCCCCACUCAGAGUUGCUCCAGUAGUCAACGGAAACAAUGUCAACGGAGCUUCUAAAAUCGGUGGUCCAGAAAGAAAACCAAGGAAGCCAGUUAAUGAUGAUAUUGUCAAAAUCGUUCGUAAUCAAGAUCUAAGCGAAGAGAACAUCAACACAUUCGAAAUUCCUGUGCCCAAAGCAUUUACUGCUGAUCCAACAUUCCGACCAGUCUCAGAACAGCAGAUUAUUCAGCAGAUCAUCCAAGGCAAGAAAUACGAAGAAAUGGAAGUUGGAGAAUGCAUGAUUCAACUCUCCAAGAAAUUGGCAGAGAAACGAGUAUUCGGACCAAGACUUAUGUCUCAAACGACAGUAGCUGGUCUCAAUCAUUCUAACUACUCUAAUCUUCCAAUCAAAGGAAUCUGUUACAUCCAACACGUCUGCAGAAAAGUUCUAGGAGACAAGUUCGAGAAUGAAGAAGACUUCUGGGACAAGUUCCGUGAGGCAAUGCGCAAGUUGGCUGCUCGAUGCCGUAGAGUCCGACACGCCAAAAAGACAAAACACAACAGAGAAGAAGCUCAGGCUGAAAUGUUGAGCAAACGAUUUGGAGAAGAUAUGCCAUUCAAUCUAAACGGAGCAAACGGUUUGUUGAAACCAAAGAUUGAGCCACCACAAGAAUCUCCAACACCAGCCAACGGAGACAUGAGCAUGAUGACAAUGGGUCAGCUAGGGAACUUGCUAACUAACUUACAACAAGACCGAAAACCACUACAAGGCUCUGAAUUUCUUCCUCAAGAGUUGAUUACCAACUUUUUCAACUAUUUGAGCACCAGAGCAAAGCAAGAAGUUCAGUCUCCUCCGCCACAAGCACAACAAUAG